AGACAGAAAGUCGAAAGACAGAAAGUCGAAAGACAGAAAGUCGAAAGACAGAAAGUCGAAAGACAGAAAAUAGAAAGACAGAAAGUCGAUAAACAGAGACAAGUCGAAAGACAGCAAGUCGAAAGACAGCAAGUCGAAAGACAGCAAGUCGAAAGACAGCAAGUCGAAAGACAGCAAGUCGAAAGACAGCAAGUCGAAAGACAGCAAGUCGAAAGACAGCAAGUCGAAAGACAGCAAGUCGAAAGACAGCAAGUCGAAAGACAGCAAGUCGAAAGACAGCAAGUCGAAAGACAGCAAAUACGCUUCGUCUGCUGCCAGCCGCUAUGGAAGUUUUGGUUGCGUUCGGGUGGAAAGCACAAAUCAUGA